AUUCUUAUAUAUUUUCCAUUUAUUUCAAUUUUUUAAAAUAAUAAUAAAAAUAUAUUUAAAUUAUAGUGUUCUAUAUUUUGUUACAGUUUCCAUUUCUUCAUAUUUGAUGGCUAUUUUGCAAAGAUAUUCUAUAGAUCAUGGUAGUAUUGAUGAGUGCAGAUUUUUGCAUCUAUUCAGAUCAAUGUGGAAUCAAUGUGGAAUCAAUAAAGGAUUUUUAUAUUCAUAUCAUCUUCUGAUUUUAUUGAGAUUUUGGAAACGAGACAAUGCAAAGGGAAAUAUGGAGAACGGGACGGACCUUUGGCGGAUCGUUCGAUACGAAAGAGGAAACGACGUCGUUCGUAUUUACAACGAUUCCCCGCCGCGCCCCGUAUUCAGCGCCAACCUUCGAUACCUGGCCUCGUAUCCGGGGUAA